AGCAGGCGAGUCCAGAAGUGGACGUCAUACUUCCACCCAGGGCUCCACACGCUAAGCAUCGCGUCCACGCAACGAGUGGAGGGGAUGAACAGCGCACUGAAGCUGGUGCUGACCAGGCGGGGAACUUUGGUCGAUGUCGACCAGGCGAUACUUGGCAAGAUCCGAGAUAACGCCAACAAAACCGAGAGGAGGACUGCGGGGGGAGCGGUGGGGCGCGCGGCCCUAAGACAGGUGUCGGCCAUGGAGCUGGUCCUGCGCGGGCACCGCGAGCAGCUUGCGUUCGUAUCUUCGGCGUUGCAGCACGAGCUCUGCAGUGCGUUCGCCAUGGAGGACGCCGGCGCGGAGAUCGUGGCAUCGCUGGGAUACACGGCAAAGACUAUCGUCAAGGGCACCGAUGGGGUCCAGCGCCUGCUCGCGGAGUUGCGGUCAGAUCCAUUGAAGGCGAAGCUGCAGUACGACACGAACGCCAACCACUUCAUCGAGCCUUCACAGACUACCGCCACCGACGACACCAUGGCUACACGUACGUCCGUUCCUCACUACGUUGAUUUGCUCGACGGCCAGGGGGUCGAGGAACUCGUGCGCGUCACCCCCUUGAUGUCGGCAAGCGAGUACGGCCACCUCGUCGCUCUUGCACCCGCCGGUUUCUACCUCUGCACAUGUCUCAGGCAGCUCGUCCACGGGCUGGUUUGCCGUCAUGCCAUCAUCGCCAUGCACAAGAAACCGGGGGGCUUCAAUGGCGCAUCCGUGCAUCCCCGGUGGCGGGAGAGCAAGACGCCGUGGACGCUGGCGCCGCUGGCCGAUAUGCGUGCCAGGCUGACGGCCGACGUCGCGGGGAAGUCCGGAACUCUACUCCCCGCUGACGCAGAUGGCGAGGUUUACCCCCACUCCGGCCCCAGCGUCGCUUCUCAUGUGUACGCCGUGUCCAUCACGUUCGGGAAGGAGCUGGCUCAGAUCACCAAGGGACUCGAUGUUGACGCAUCCCAACGCGUCGUAGAGAACCUCACGAACGCCGCCAAACAGUUCGUCGAGGUGGAGAGGAGGGCUAUGGACAACGCUUCCACGAGCCGGGUUUUCACCGGGGUCGUAUCGCGAGCCCCGACCGGCGACGCCGACGACAACGUGGGGGUGGGUGGGGGGGCUGGGCGAGGAGGGCGAGGAGGGCGGGGGCGAGGGCAGGGCGGGGGUGGUCGGGGUGGGUCUGGCGUGGGCGGAAGGACAGGCGGAGGGAGAGGCCAGGGUCAGGUUUCGGGGAUGCUGGUGCCGGGAAGCAUGCCAAGCCCUGCCGAGGAGCAACCCGGCUUGCAACCGGCAGCAGCCGUUGGCGCCAUCGCCUCCGCCCCUAUUGCUGCCCCUAUCGCUUCCCAGCCAGGGGGCUUGGGCAUGCCGCUUCGGUCCCUGGACAACGUCAACGCACCUAGAGGGGGCGGGGGGCAGGUUUCACCAGCUCAGUCGACCCCACACCUCGCCGUGCUGGAAGACAUUAGACCACCCGAAGCUCAGAGGGUUACAGGAAAAGCAAAGAGGCAACGCUCGGGAUGAAGACUCCCGACAGCAGGAGGUCCCUGCUUGUCUUUUGCUGGUUUUUUUUAAGUAGCACUCCUGGUGGCGGGCGUUUGUCCGUCGGCGCACAUUUUUUCUAUUUCUUUUGUGCGCCUGGUGUUUUCUGCGUCUGUGUGUAGCGUAGGCCGCAUUUCGGGUGUUGCCUUUGCCGUGGGUUUGCCGGGACAAGUGCUAUGAUCAGUGGCUUAAAACGAUGGGCGUCGCGUUCAGGCUGCUUGAGUGCGUCGCGCUCUACAGCAAUAUACAUUUAAACAGCAUAGUCUAUUGAUGAAAUGGAGAGCGGAUUUAUUUUUGGAGACUCAGAACGUUUUCGCGUUUCGGGAGCAAAGACUGCCGAUUGAGACCUUUCACCCCGGAAAGGUUUUGACCGUAUUGAGCGUGCGAUCAUGUUAAAAAAAAAAACGAAAUCGUGUAUAUCCUUGGCGAGAUACGACGAGAUACUGGGUGAAUUAUAGGUGUUGGUUCCAGAACUUGGAAAUGGUGAAAGCCUUUCCCUCUUUAAUUGCCACGAAUUAGGUCGGCGUCCGAUUUCCACGAUCAAACCACCAAAAUGACCGCACGUUCAAGGCGGUCAAAAACGUUCCGCGACCGAAAGGUCUCG